CUCUUUGUCAAACCCAUGGGUUCCACUAAAACCCCCGCCCACCCUGGAUCCACAAUGUCUGUGUCGGAAUUGAAGGCGGCGUUUCCGUCCCACGACACGCCCGGUUACGUGGGCUUUGCCAACCUGCCCAAUCAGGUCCAUCGGAAGUCGGUCAAGAAGGGAUUCGAGUUCACGUUGAUGGUGGUGGGCGAGUCGGGUUUGGGCAAAUCCACUUUGAUUAACAGCCUCUUCCUGACGGAUUUGUAUCCGGAUCGCUUGGUCCCGUCGGCGGCCGAGAAGAUUGCCAAGAAGACGAUGCAAUUGGACGCGUCCACGGUCGAGAUCGAGGAGCGCGGAGUGAAAUUGCGACUGACCGUGGUGGACACGCCUGGAUUCGGAGACGCUAUCGAUAACGGAGGGAGCUUCCUGGAGAUCAAUCGAUACAUCGAUGAGCAAUACGAGCGCUACCUCCGUGACGAAAGUGGCCUGAACCGAAAGAACAUCAUUGACAAUCGAGUUCAUUGUUGCUUCUUCUUCAUCAGCCCCUACGGCCAUGGUCUCCGCCCCUUGGAUAUCGAGGUCAUGAAGCAACUCUCGGACAAGGUCAAUAUCGUGCCCGUCAUUGCCAAAUCCGAUUGCUUGAGUCGUGACGAAGUCAACCGGCUUAAAGGCAUCAUCUUGAAAGAGAUCAAGGAGAACGGGAUCAAGAUCUACAGUCUCCCCGAUUGCGACAGUGACGAGGAUGAGGACUUCAAGCAACAAGUGGACGAUCUCCGACAAUCCAUGCCCUUUGCCGUGGUGGGAGCCAAUGCCAUGGUCGAAGUGGGCGGUAAGAAGAUCCGAGGACGACAGUAUCCAUGGGGUGUGGUCGAAGUGGAGAAUCCCAAGCAUUGCGACUUUGUCAAGUUGCGUACCAUGUUGAUCACGCACAUGCAAGAUCUCCAAGAAGUCACCCACGAUGUCCAUUACGAGAACUAUCGCUCCCACCGUCUGGCCUCGAAACCCGGCGGAUUUGUCCCGCCCACACCCGUAAGAAAGAACACGGCGGACGAGAAAGACAAGCAAUUGCAGGAGAAGGAGCUGGAAUUGAAACGCAUGCAGGAGAUGGUGGCCGCCAUGCAGCAGCAGAUCAAGCAACAAUCUCAGACCAGCUUGGCCAGUCUGGCCACGUCCGAUCAUUGAAAUCUUCCAAGUCCCAAGUCCUGUAAUGUACCAAUGAAAUACUUCAAUUUGGACAGACUUCUUCAAAGUCCUGUCAAAAUGGCGUUUGUCCCGUCAAUGUAAUGUAUUUUACGCCUUCUUCACUCUUUUGAUAGAUGAACUCUUGUCCGUACUGGCACUAAUUCCCUAUCGAAUCCAACCUGCGAAACCACCAGGAGUAUGUGCCUUGUCCUGAAAUGAAAAAAACAAACAAAAUGACUACCCCUAAUUUGAUAACGGAAUCUCUGGCCUAUGCAAAACGGUUCUCGGCCUUAACUUUUGGUCACAAAUUGUACCUUCCUUCCUACCAUUUUGUACCGUACUUUACACUUAACUUAAUCGCCGCUUUUGUAUCUUCUUGCAUUUUUCACUCUGUACCAUAAAACAGCUUAUGACUGUCUAAAAUGAAAGGGAAAUGAACUUUAUUAUUUCCUCGA